AUGACUCGUGUGCCAUUUCUUUUUCUUUUCCUCCGCGCCACGAUGGACGGCGUGCGCGGCGUCACUCAUUAUUCCGUGCCGGAAGAAAUGGAGGACGGCUCCGUCGUGGCUAAUUUGGCGUCCGAUUUGGGAUUGGACGUGAGGACGCUGAGCGGGAGGAAAAUGCGCAUCGACGUGGUCGCCAAUCAAAAAUACCUGGAGAUCAACAAGGAGACUGGGGAGCUUUUUAUUAUGGAGAGAAUAGACAGGGAGCUGCUGUGUCCUUUGAAAACAACGUCUUAUUGUUCCCUCAAAUUAGACGCGACUAUAGAAAAUCCGAUACGGAUGUUCAACAUCGAAGUGGAAGUCACUGAUAUCAACGACAACGCGCCCCAUUUCCGCCGCGGCACCAUGCACCUGGACAUCUCCGAGGCCAGCCCGGUGGGAGAGAGGUUCUCCCUGAAUAACGCCGUGGAUCCAGACGUUGGAGACAACUCCGUGCAGGACUACCACCUGAGCUCCAGCCAGCAUUUUAACAUCGAGAUUCAGACGGGAAGAGACGGCUCCAAGUUUGCCGAUUUGAUCCUAACAAAGAUGCUGGACAGAGAGCAUCAGGCCGUCCAUCAUCUCAUCCUCACCGCCGUGGACGGCGGGGUACCCACGCGCACGGGCACGGCCAGCAUCAUUGUUCGAGUUCUGGAUGUCAACGACAACGCCCCGACGUUCAGUCGAGACGAACACUCGGUGGAGGUCGUGGAGAACUCCCCUAUUGGCAGUUUGGUGAUUGAACUGAACGCCACCGACUUGGACGAAGGCUCCAAUUCGGACGUGAGUUACUCUUACAGUUUGUACACGUCAGAAAGAACGCAGGACAUGUUCAGCUUGAAUCGGGACAACGGAGAAAUCCGAGUGAAAGAGAUGAUUAAUUAUGAAGAUUUAAAAGUGUAUGAAAUGGAAGUCAUAGCGAGCGAUAAGGGGGUGACUUCCUUAUCUAGUCAGUGUAAAGUAGUGAUACAGGUGACGGACAUGAACGACAACCACCCUGACAUUUCUAUUAAGUCCUUUCUGAGUCCGAUGAAUGAAGACACACCUGUUGACACGGUGAUAGCAGUGGUCAGUGUGAGUGAUAAGGACUCAGGUGACAAUGGAGUAGUGGAUCUUCACAUUCCUCGUAAAAUGCCUUUUAAACUGAGGGAGUCCUCUGAUAACUAUUACGAGUUAGUGGUCUCCGAGCCGUUAGACCGUGAGAAGGUUCCAGAAUAUGACAUCACCUUCACUGUCACAGACCGAGGCUCCCCUCCUUUAAGUGACAAUGAAACCAUGACUUUACAGCUGCUGGAUGUGAAUGAUAAUGUUCCACACUUCCCUCAGUCCUUUUAUACCAUACGUGUGAUGGAGAAUAACGCUCCUGGUGCCUUGCUCAGUUCACUCAGUGCGUUUGACCCUGACCUCCAUGAGAACCAGUACCUAGUUUACUUCAUCCUAGAGAAGGAGAUCGUCAACACCUCCAUGUCCAUGCUGUUCUCCAUCAAUCCAGAGAACGGGAACCUUUACGCACUAAAGACUUUUGACUAUGAGAUGGAGAAGGACUUUCUUUUCCACAUUGAGGCCAGAGACUCUGGCUCUCCUCCACUCAGCAGCAACGUCACAGUCCACAUCAUCAUUAUGGACCAGAACGACAACACCCCAGUUAUUGUCUCUCCUUGGCGAGCGCACGGCUCCAUGGUGGAGGAGAAGAUCCCCAGAUCCACUGAUAAAGGAUCUCUGGUCGCCAAGGUGAUAGCUUUGGACGUGGACUCGGUGCACAACUCUCGCAUCACCUACCACUUCCUGCAGGUGACUGAUGCCACCUUGUUCAGUCUGGACCAGUACAACGGAGAGAUCCGCACCAUGAGGAUGUUCAGUUACAAAGAUCCACGUCACCAGAGACUGGUUGUUGUUGCCAAGGACAACGGGGAUCCGGCUCUCUCUGCUACAGUCACCAUCAAGCUGUCCACGAUGGAGACUGCUGUGAAGGCCCACUCGGACAUGACUGAGGUGCCCAUGGAAUACGACAUCUUCUCAGACCUCAACCUGUAUUUGGUCAUCGGUCUGGGCUCAGUGUCCUUCCUGCUGCUCAUCACCAUCUUGGUCACCAUCGUGCUCAAGUGUCAGAAUACCAAGCCCAGCAUGGCGGCUCCGCCCAGCAGGAACAGUGUGAUCAGUGAGAGGAACUCCACCAUCGCAGAUUCCACUCUGGUGUCCAACGAUGCCUACUGGUACAGUCUGUUUCUGGCAGAGACCAGGAAAGGAAAGAUGGUGGUCAGGCAGCCUGUGCCAAAGGGUUCCCGAUACAUCGUGUCCAGUAUUCCCAGGAGCACAGGCAUGUCUGAGACUAGUGGCUCUGCUCCUUCAACCUUGCAGGCGUCCACAACCCGUAGCACCAGAUCUACAUAAGGCCAGAACUGCGUCGGACCGAUCUCGAUGGGAGAGCUCCAUCGACAUGGCUCUCAUGCCCUUCAUGCUCAGCUUGGUUCUUCACUCCAGACCAGGAUGGACUAGCCCCGACUUAGUACCCCUCUAUUCUUUCUUCAAGCACAUGAAAAGCCAAUCGAAGCCUUUCCAAUAAUCUCUUCAUUGUGCAUGAUAUGACCGCAUGGCUUCAACAACACUCAAAAGAUCUUCAUUCCGGCCGAGCAAAUGUAAAGGAGAUGCCAAGAAAUAGAGUGGACUGUGCGGAUGGUCCAAGAAGCCAAAAUCAAUAAGUGGACAAUGGAAUAUUGAAGAGAGUUGCCCUUCUUAAAAAGGAACGCCCAUAUAUGAACUUUUUGUGUUGUCCAUUAUCCGCAUUAAUGGCAGUUAAAAAGGCACAAUUUACGACAAAAAAGCACCGAUGGGAUGUUUUUUUUAAAAAUCCAAAAUUUUGUAAAUAGUGAUUUUAGGUCUUUUGAAUGACAUUGUGCUUUAUACGUGAGGUGUGGGUUCAGAGUGAUUUGACUAAGACAGUGGUUCUUAACCUUUUUGGAGGUACCGAACCCCACCAGUUUCAAAUGCGCAUUCAC